CGGUAAAAAAGUUGAAGCUGUUUAAGAAACACGGACACAAAACCUGAACAUAUGAUUUGCGUAAAACAAAGAGAAAAAAAGAAAAAGGACAGAAAUUACUUGUGAUCUUAUACUUUUACGUCACAACACUUUCUCAGAAUAUACUCCUCUCCACAGCAACACUCUUUCUCUUCAAUGCACGCACAUAGGUAUAUAUUAUAUAUAUAACUUGGAACCCAUUACAACAAUCCAUCGAACAUAUAUAUCUUGGACAUGAAGCUUCUUGGGUUACCUGUACUUUUGUUCUUGAUUCUAUCUUUAUCUUCUGCUUUGGUUCUCAACUUUUCAUCUCAGUUUUUCUUGUUUUCAUUAUUCAACACGCUAGUGUUAUCUAUUAUUAUUCUCGGAAGUAACAGGCCGUCAUCUACUGAUGAAAUCGAUGGAGCGUGGUUUUAUUCACAUCAAGACCAAAACGACGACAUGUUCCAUUAUACUAAUAAUAUUAAAGAUGAAUACAAGAACCAUGGUGACGAUGAUAGUGAUGAUGAUGAUUGUAGAAAAGAAAAUUACUUUUCUGAUGGCUAUGACGAAGAUGAUGAUGAUAGUAGUAGCGAUGGUGAGGUUGGUUGGGACGAUGAUGAUGAGGAGGAGGAGGAAGUUAUUGAUGAAAAUUUGCAGAGAAGAAUUGAGGACUUCAUUGCUAAGGUUAAUAAAGGAUGGAGGGAAGAAUGGUUAAGAGAGAAUCUUGAUAAUCAGUUUUGAUGAUCAUGAGGUUAGCCAAGUGCACUUGUGCCUUGGUGUGAAAAUAUUUCCAUAAUUGCGAGUUUCAUUUUUGUAGGGGAUUCUACAUGGCUUGACUUGGAGGUGAACUAUGUCAGCAGGUGCCAUUUCCAUGGUUCCUUUUAUUUGUUCUGUUUUGGUUUUGGGUUAUGGUUUAAUAUUGAUGCUUCGAAUAUUAGGGACAGCAUCAAAUGAUGUGACUUGCAUGGCCAAUUCAUAGUAAAAUUGAUGUAUAUAUGUUAUUCUUUUAUUU